CACGCGUGCACGCGUGCACACACACACACACGCACACCCCUCUGCGCGCCGCAGUGAGUGUCGAGUGCGCGCUGCUGUAUUUUUAUUAUUGCAGCGCAUGUUUCCGCUCGAGCGGGAAGCGGAGCUCGGCGCUGCCCAGCGCUUUCAUUUUCCGCGCGCGCGCUGACAGAGAGCCGCCGCCGCCGCCGCCGCCGCCGCGCUCGUCCUCGGGCCGCUGACACCCCGCGCACGCGGCCACGCCGGAGCAGCCAUGGAGUACUGGCGGCAGUGCGCGCUCUGGCUCAUCCAGUGCAACGUGCUGCCCGCGAGCCACCGCGUCACCUGGGAGUCGGCGCAGGUGUUCGACUUGGCGCAAACGCUGCGCGACGGGGUGCUGCUGUGCCAGCUGCUGAACAACCUGCGGCCGCAGUCCAUCAACCUGAAGGAGAUCAACCUGCGGCCGCAGAUGUCCCAGUUCCUCUGUUUGAAGAACAUCAGGACGUUCCUCUCCACCUGCAGCGAUGUGUUUGGUAUGAAGAAGAGUGAACUCUUCGAGGCUUUUGACCUCUUUGAUGUUCGGGAUUUUGGAAAGGUUAUAGACACACUGUCCAGGCUGUCGCAUACAGUGGUUGCACAGCAGGCUGGAAUAAGACCAUUUCCGACAGAGGACAGCGUAGAAGACGAAGACAUCUACAGUCACCUUGAGGAUUUGAUAGAUGAGAAUGGCGUCGAAGAUGAGGAGGACCUGUAUGACUGCGUGUACGACGACGAUGAAGGUGGCGAAGUCUACGAGGACCUCAUGAAGGCAGAAUCAGUGGCCCCGCCGAAACAGGCCGAGACGGACGUUCGCAGCUGCUGCCUCUCCGAGAUCAAGCAAACGGAGGAGAAAUACACAGAAACCUUGGAGUCCAUCGAAAAGUAUUUCAUGACUCCUCUCCGGAAGUUUCUCUCAUUUGGGGAAGUGGAAAAAGUAUUUGUCAACAUUCCGGACCUGGUCAAAGUCCACAAAACCCUGGUGGUUGAAGUCAAAGACUCCAUUCUCAACAAAAAUGCGCAGAACCUGUACGAAAUUUUCAUCACUUACAAAGAAAGGCUUCUAAUUUAUGGGAAGUACUGCAGUCAAGUGGAAACGGCCAUCGCGUCUCUAGAUAACAUCAGCAAAGAGCGGGAGGAUGUCAGACUCAAACUAGAGGAAUGUUCAAAAAGAGCAAAUAAUGGCAAGUUUACACUGAGAGACCUGCUUGUCGUUCCCAUGCAGAGGGUUUUAAAGUACCAUUUGCUUCUCCAGGAGCUGGUGAAACACACCCAUGACGUGACAGACAAGAGCAACCUGCGGCUGGCACUCGAUGCCAUGAAGGACCUCGCUCAGUACGUGAACGAAGUCAAGAGAGACAACGAGACCUUGCGGGAGAUAGAUCAGUACCAGAAGUCCAUUGAAAACCUGAAUCAGUCUCUUAAAAACUACGGUCGUCCAAAGGGCGAUGGCGAGGUUCGAAUGGCCACUGUUGACAAGCGUGCUAAACAAGACAGACAUAUCUUCCUCUUUGAUGGGGCCGUGAUCAUCUGCAAGAGGCGGGGGGACAACUAUGAGAUGAAGGAGGUGAUCGAUCUCAACAACUUCAAAGUGACUAACAACCCCUCAACAGAUAAAGAAAAUAAGAAGUGGUCGUAUGGGUUCUACCUCACCCAUCUUCAUGGACAGAGUGGCUUUGAGUUCUGCUUCAAGACCAAGGAGCUGAAGAAGAAGUGGCUGGAGCAGUUUGGCAUGGCCGUAUCCAACAUCCGCCCUGAGAACUGCAACAGCAACUUCCACGAGUUCAAGAUGCACACGUUUGAAAGGAUCACGUCUUGCAGCUCCUGCCACAUGUUACUGAGAGGAAUCUUCAACCAGGGAUACCAGUGCUCCAGAUGCGGGGCUGGGGCCCAUAAGGAGUGUCUUGGGAGGUUUGAUGCCUGUGGGAAAACCAGUCCCGAUUCCGGUGUCCUGAGACAACAGAAAAGACCAGAUCAUAUCAGAUCCCCAGAUCCAGGCUUGCCGAAGAUGCUUGCGAUCCGCAACUACUACGGCAUCCCGAGUCCCAUGUGUGGCCCCCCUCUCCACAUCCAGGUUGGAGACGUCAUAGAGCUGAUGAGUGCGGACCCCCACGGCACCUGGUGGCAGGGUAAGAUCCUACCUACGAGAGAUGCUGGAUUCUUUCCAAGUGAUGCUGUGAAGCCGUGCCCGUGCGUUCCAAAGCCAGUGGACCUCUCUACUCAGCCCUGGUUUGCGGGGCCCAUGGAGAGGCUGCAGGCUGAGGCGGAGCUCAUAAACAGGGGCAACAGCACCUACCUGGUGAGGCACCGCAGCAAGGAGUCCACCGAGUACGCCAUCAGCAUAAAGUACAACAAUGAUGUGAAGCACAUCAAGAUCCUGAAAAGAGACUGCUGCUUCUACAUCGCCGAGAACAAGAGGUUCCAAAGUAUAUUAGAGCUGAUUGAUUACUACAAGCAUCACUCCCUGAAGGAGGGCUUCCGCAGCUUGGACACCACGCUGCAGUUCCCCUACAGAGAGACUGAGAAUGCUGCUGCGGUACGGACCAACCGGCACGGGGCAAACACUCCGCUGCUCUGUGGCUUUUCGUUUGUAACUCCCGGCGGCUACAGCUUUGCACCUCCCACCUCUGCUCCCUUCUGGUCAGGUACAGUGUUGAGUCCCAAGGUGGUCGGCGUCGCCAUCGCCCGCUACGACUUCUCGUCAAGGGACACGCGCGAGCUUUCGCUCCAGGAAGGGGACGUGGUGAAAAUCUACACCAAGAUGGGUGCUAAUGGAUGGUGGAGAGGAGAGGUCAACGGCAGGGUGGGCUGGUUCCCCUCUACGUACGUGGAAGAGGGCGAAGAGUGACGCAGGGAGACCCCGGAACGCUGUCCCACCGGGCGUACGCCUUCCAUUGUACCUCCCCCCACCCCCCCAGCUGCCUCCCUCCUCCCAGAUCCCGGCGGUGGAGGAGUCGAGGGCCCUUGGCGAUUUCUCUGCGCUGACAGAUUAAUGGGGACGUGAGGAGCGGCGCUGCGAGCGCCUCUCAGUCUUCCUGCUGGAAAGAAGGAGAGAGUGCUGGGACAUGGGGCAAGACUCCUCCCGCUCCAGAAGAUGCUCACAGACCCAGACAGCUUCAUCGCACCCGUCACUCUUCCGGCCCCCUCACGACAGCAGCUGCCUUCGCUGCUAAAUAUUUAACUGCCCCCCCCCCC